AUGUACAGGUUGCUGCGUGUGGACAGGGUGGUGAUCUAUAACACCAGCUGUGGCCCAGACCUGGACCGCCUGUUGCAGAGCUACAGCCAGCAGGGCUUUGUGGAGAUGUUCAACUUUCACGUGCCUCGAUGGAGAGGGGUGCCAGGUUUUAAUAUUCUGGAGCACAUCUAUAAGUGGGAGCCUGACAGAGCAGCAGAGUAUAGCGUGCGAGUUGAAUAUUCAGCCAAGGAUGAGCGGAAGUUGGGGGCGUCAGAAGAAGCGCUGGUGUGGGAGGAAAUGUCUCUUAGAGAAAGUGAAGCUUUGUGGGUAACGUCUUUCUCCACGGCCUGUGUCCUUCAGUCAACGGAUAUCCGUCAAGAAAAGAUUCACUUCAGUCUUCGGUUGCGAAUCUAUCUCGUCUGUUACUGGAUGGAAAAGGCAAAAGAUGUUAGACGGAAGUUCUUCCUCCUCCUCCUCCUUAUUGCUACCUUCAUCCUUAUCUCCAUCGUCGCUGUGGGCACACCCAAGACGUACAGGUCAAUCCCAAACCCGCGUGGGCCUCCAAAAGCUUGCCCCUAUUACAUCUCUGAGCAGACCAUCACCCCCCUCAACAACACCAAGCACUUCCAGGUGUCGGCCUACAUGGACCAGAGAGUGAAGGGUUUGGAUAUACGCAUCAUUGGCAUAUUUAGGAGAGACUCCAUCCAACCCCUGCACUGUCUUUUCUGCUGUGCAGACUACGUAUCAAGUACAACCACUCCAGCGACCAUUUUACAACACCCAGACAACUUUGGUUUUCCCUUCGUCACGACAGAUGUCAUGUGUCGGAUCCCUCAAAACUGCAACGCUACACAUGUCACCCUUCAGACUCAGCCAGGGAGCGCGACUCAAUCUGACCAGAUUUGGCUCCCCAUAAGAAACAAAAAGACCAACAGGAAGGAGGAGGAGAAAUUUCAGUUUAACUUCACAGUCUGCAUCUCCAACCUGUUUGGAGACUACAACAAUGUGCUUCAGUUUGCACAGACUCUGGAGAUGUACAGGUUGCUGGGUGUCGACAGAGUGGUGAUCUAUAACACCAGCUGCGGCCCAGACCUCAACCGCCUGCUGCAGAGCUACAGCCAGGAGGGCUUCGUGGAGAUGGUUCCCUGGCCGAUCAACGAGCAUCUGACUCCAUCAACCGGCUGGCUCUUCUCAAAGUAUGGAGGGGACGUGCACUAUUUUGGCCAGUUAACCACACUGAACGAGUGCAUUUACAGAUCCAUGACCCGGUCACGCUACGUCCUGUUGAACGACAUUGAUGAGAUUAUAAUGCCAUACCAACACAACAACCUGAUGUCUCUGAUGAACGUGCUCCAACAGCAGAAACCAAACGCUGGGGUGUUCCUCAUAGAGAACCACAUCUUUCCCAAGACACCCUUUGAGAAAAGUAAAAAGCUUCCCCUGCCUCAAUGGAAAGGGGUGCCAGGCUUUAAUAUUCUGGAGCACAUCUACAGGGAGGAGGUGGACAGAAGCGUAUACCACCCCCACAAGAUGAUAGUUCAGCCAAGGGCGGUGGAGCAGACCUCAGUGCAUGAAGUGCUCAAGAUGUUUGGAGAGAAGUUCAAGGUGCCGCUGGAGGUCUGUCGGAUCAUUCACUGCCCACUCAGAACCCCGGUACAACGGCCGGUGGAGCAGCUCCACGUGGACACCCGGCUGUGGGACUUCAAAGACAAACUAUUGCCCAAGGUGACCAAGGCGCUGAGGAGAGCCGGGCUGCUGAGUUCAGAGGGGUAGAGCUGACAGAUAUGGAGGGAUGAACAGGCUGAUUCUGGCCAUGGACGUAAACUCUCACCAGCAGCAGUGAAUAACGGCAGCACAGCAUUUGCAACUUCACUCUACGCAGUAAGUAGCCUAUCAAUGCUGGCUCUAUCGGUCAUGUGACCCUCGCCUUGGCGUAACAUUUGAUGUAGCGUGGAAAAUGUGAUUUUUGGAUUUGCAGUCCACAUGUUUCUGUAUACAGUAAUUGUUGAAUUAUUCAGCAGGCUAUCUGCUGAUUAUUAUGUGGUUCACCAAUAGUGUGAGAUCAUGCGUUUUGCACUCUUUAUCAACAGCACAAGCCUAUGGUUUUCUGAUAAUAAUGUCAUUAUGUUACUUGUCUUCAUUGCUUAUAUCUGAUUUGACACAUCAGCAUAAACAUCUUGUAGUUGCCUGAGGAAAAGGCUUGAAAUGCAUUUUUUUAUGCGUACUUUGUGCCAUUAAGUGUCUUAGCAUAUUAAAUUAUAUAUAUUUUUUGCAUUCAACAGUUUCCCUUCUUUUUCCUAUCUGUUGUUACUGGCCCAUUUCUGUUUUUGAUUGUUUUUCCACUGUUGGUGACUUUCAUCAGGCUUACAGGCUUUCAAUAGGCUCACAGAGGCCACAAAGACAAAGGCAAUAGAUGCCGUAUUGCCCUAUUUUUGUCCUGAUCAAAUAUGGCUGUGACAAAGUGCCACCUGUCAUGAUGAGUGUUCAAGAAAUAUAUUGCAGCAAUGGAGAGUGAUGGUGUAAUGCUCUGUGGUGCCCUCUGCUGGAGAAAAACAAGUUUCACUCAAAAAAAAACAACCUAAAUAUUAUAGUAAUAUUACUACUAUACUAAUAUUAUAUCAUCAUCCUCAACAUAAACUGUGUUUAUAUUGUUGAGUUGUUAAAGUUGACAUAUGAUUUUGAAACACAUACAAAGAAGUGAUCGUAAUAAACAAUGUUAAACAUACCAUAACAAACAUACAGCCAACAGCCAUAUGCACUACUGAUUGAAAGUUAAAGCAAACCCAGUUUCAGUUAAAGUCCAGUGAAUAACCUUAGAUGGUACCGGGGUAAGAAGUAAAUUGGCCUUUUCAGGGAUUAAGAAAUUCUUUUUUUCCUUUUCUCUCUCCCUCAUGAUGCAACAGCACAAAUGUUGUGAACUUCCUUCUCGUGUUCCGUCCAUUAUGUUCUGUGUUUGAGGAAGCUGUAACACCA